AUGGCGCAAGAUUCUUUAAUUUCUUUGAAUGGUGGAAAUACUGGAGCUAGGAAUAUAGGAACUGAAAAUGGAGGUAAUAGUAGAUAUGUAAGAAGAGCUUUAAUUGCUAAAAAUAGAGAAGGAUUCAUUACUGAAAUCUUGAAAAUACCUGAUGAGAGAGAGAACAAUUUCCAGAAAUGUAAACGUGCUGAUUACAUGGUUAUGAGUUGGAUCUUGAAUUCUAUGAGUCCUAAAUUGGCUGAUGAAUUUGGAUUCAUAGAGAAUUCAGCAGAUUUAUCGAGUGAAUUACAAGAACGUUUUGGUCAAUCUAAUGGACCUCUUGUAUAUCAAUUGAAGAAAGAAAUUAGUGCAUUAAAACAAGAAAACCUGUCAAUUGUUGCUUAUUAUGAAAAGAAAUUACAAGAUUUGGAGGCUGAAGAUAAGUUAAUGCAGUUCUUACUUAGGCUAAAUAGUGGUUUUAAUACCACUAUAUCUAGCCUUUUAUCAAUGGAUCCUAUGCCUACCAUUAACUGUGCUUUUUCAAUUGUGCAAUAA